AUGAGUCUCGAUUCUGUGUAUCAUAUCAAGUCUCGAGGUCGCAGUGUUGGGCUUCUCUGCUCCUCUGUCUUCCCCCAUCAGAUCCGGGCUUAUCUGCUCCUCUCAUCUUCCUCCCCAAAUUCCGCAGCAAACAUUGGCACAAUAGUUCCUUGGCUCCUCCCCGAAAUCUUUGCAUCGGCCUUCUCUUCCCCCAUCAGCAAGCCGGCUGUGAGGUCUCUCCUGCUCUUGGCCGCCGUCGGCGACCUCGCCGCCGCACUCCGGAGGGUGGCCUGUUCCGGCGCCAUAGCCUGCGUCGCGGUGACAGGACCAGCGCGCGCCGUCGUUGGCUGGGUUAGGCUCACAGACAUGCUCUGCUUCCUCUGUGACACGCCCGAUGCGCUCGCCCACCCCGCUGCGCAAGGACGACACUGGAUUAUUUAUGGGAAUGGAUAAGCAGAGCAGGGUCAUGGAUUCUCUCGCAUCGGUGCUCGCCGUACACGAUGUCUUCUUCAAAUGUUUUAGUUGAGCCAGUAAAUUUUUGUUGAGCAAGUGUGAAGAAAAUGGUCGAAUAUUUGUGCUCUUUGAGAUUAUUGUAAUAUUCACUGCUGUGAGAUGAUUGGAAUGAGGUGGCUCCGGCUCGAUGCAUCGAGUUCGGUAGAUUUUUCUUUUUUUAUUUUCUGUAAAAUCGCAUCAGUGCCGGCUCAUGCAAACAGCCGACACUGAUAGUUAUCGUAUCAGUGCCAGUUUGUCCCCUAAACCGGCACUGAUAAUCUGAGUAUCAGUGCCGGUUUCGUGUUAUGGACCAGCACUGAUACUCAUUAUUAGUGUCGGUUCAUAAACCGGCGCUGAUAAUUACGCACUAUCAGUGCCGAGUAAUCAGUGUUAGUUCAAAAACCGGCACUGAUGUCGUUUUUGAGCCGGCACUGAUGACUAUUUCUGUAAUAGUGAAUGUAUAUUCAAGUUAUGUUGUCAUGCUUAUAGUUGAAUGCUGGUGCAACGGUUUGGUGUUUA